GGGAUGGGGACUUCGGCCGCGUAGGAGCCAUGCCACCGGGUCCCCGCGUCUUCCCCGCUCCUUGUCCCGGCCGCCGCGCCCCGCGUCCGCGCCGGGAUGGUGAACCUGGCGGCCAUACUGUGGCGCCGGCUCCUGCGCAAGAGGUGGGUGCUCGCCCUGGUCUUCGGGCUGUCGCUGGUCUACUUCCUCAGCAGCACUUUCAAGCAGGAGGAGAGGGCGGUGAGAGAUCGGAAUCUCCUCCAGAUUCAAGACCACGACCAGCCCAUCCCGUGGAAGGUGCAAUUUAAUCUGGGCAACAGCAGCCGGCCAAGCAACCAGUGCCGAAACUCCAUUCAAGGGAAGCACCUCAUCACAGAUGAGCUGGGCUACGUCUGCGAGCGGAAGGACCUACUGGCCAGCGGCUGCUGUGACAGCAGUGUCCCCAGCACAAAGCAGUACUGCUGCGAUGGCUGCCUCGCCAACGGCUGCUGCGGCGCCUAUGAGUACUGUGUUUCCUGCUGCCUUCAGCCCAGCAAGCAACUUCUCCUGGAGCGCUUCCUCAACCGGGCAGCAGUAGCCUUCCAGAACCUCUUCCUGGCAGUUGAGGACCACUUCGAGUUGUGUCUGGCUAAGUGCAGGACCUCCUCCCAGAGUGUGCAGCACGAGAACACCUACCGGGACCCGAUAGCCAAGUACUGCUACGGAGAGAGCCCUCCUGAGCUCUUCCCCGCGUGACGGGUGGACACCGGGCAGGAGGCCCCUGAGGAGCUCACCUGACCCACUCAGCGUCCAGGCCGGUCUAUGGAGGGGCCGGGUGGUGGAGCCAGGCCCCAGGACACCUUCGCUUUGGCUUCCCGUAGUGUCGCCAGGCUCUGCUCACUGCAGGGCAGUACCGGGUAGAGCUCUUCAGUCAAGCAGCCGAGAGCCUGCGCUGGCCCUGUGGGAAGAAGCUGCAGGCCGGAGCAGUGCUGGCUGCAGUAGGACAUGGUCCAGGCCUUUGCACAGGGACCCAGGACUUGGGUUUGUCUGGUAUCCAUUGCUGUGUGAUCCAGGCCCUUUCACUGUACAUUUAUUUAUUGGAUUUCUUUGGAGUGGUGGGAAAAAUACAAUAUUUGAUAUAAUA